UUCACCGGAUUCACCCGUCGGAGUACUCCGGAGUAGUCCGGAGCACCGGAAUCUGAAGUCAAUGACCACCGCCGCCGGCUACAGCUGGUCGUGAGUCUGGCGGAGCGAUUCGAAAGCGAUGACGAUCGUCGCGUACGUCGAAGCGACGGGCCGUUGUCAAUAAUGAGAAAACGAGAUUUACGGGAUAUCGCUGCAUCGGAUCUGUACACGCGCCUGCCUGCACAUAUCAACGCCGCGGUGUCGCACGCCCACUGAAUGCUGAUAAGAGGCCGCGAUUAGAUCCGUGCAGCUCUCACGCCGCUGGACAGCUGGACCCCUGCUUGGUGUCACAUCAGUCACAUGUGCUACGAAAAUGAGCAUCCUGCGAAAGAGGUAAGCGAGGUACCUGCGCGAGAUGUUCCCCGAUUCGAUUUGUUUCAUGUGUCUGUUUACCUGUGGAUUGUUUACAGAUUAAGCGAGUUCGACGAUGUUCUCGAUGCAGACGAGAUAGAUACGGUCAGCCUCAGUAAAAUAUGUUUCCAUGGCAUACCUGACGAGCCCGGUGGGCUAAGGCCCUUAUGUUGGAAACUGUUAUUGAACUAUUUGCCACCGAUAAAGUCUAAUUGGAUAGAGACUUUAAAACGUAAAAGAGAGUUGUACAAUACUUUCAUCGAGGAUCUCAUUGUUAUGCCUGGAGAAUCAAAUACCGAUGACAAAGAGCGAGUUGAUGUAACGUUACAUGAUCAUCCUCUCAAUUUAAAUCCAGAUAGCAAGUGGCAAACGUACUUUAAAGAUAAUGAAGUUCUACUUCAGAUUGAUAAAGAUGUUAGGCGACUAUGUCCAGACAUAUCAUUUUUUCAACAAGGCACUGAUUAUCCAUGUCAAAAGAUAGUAAAUGCUAACGGUCAGCGUUUACACCACAGAGUUCAACACACAGUGCUGAAAAGCGCAAACGUUGAGAGGAAGGGCUUAGGAGUGACCAAGAUAGCGGUUUCUGUCAGAAAGGCUACGGAAGAUUACGCGCCAUUGUCCGAAGGUGGUGAAGCACAUUGGGAAGUUUUGGAAAGAAUACUCUUCUUAUACGCUAAAUUGAAUCCCGGUCAAGGUUACGUACAGGGAAUGAAUGAAAUAGUUGGACCUAUAUAUCACGCAUUCGCUUGUGAUCCAGAUCCUACAUGGAGAAAACACGCCGAGGCAGAUACUUUUUUCUGUUUUACUAAUCUGAUGGCCGAAAUACGUGAUUUCUUUAUAAAGACGUUGGAUGAAGCUGAAUUUGGAAUUAAUUCGAUGAUGAGCAAAUUGACCAAUCAAGUUAGAGCCAAUGAUCCUGAUAUUUGGUUGCGUUUACAUCAGCAAGAGCUAUGCCCACAAUAUUACAGCUUUAGAUGGUUGACGCUCCUCCUUUCGCAAGAAUUUCCUCUGCCGGAUGUCAUGAGGAUAUGGGAUUCCUUGUUUGCUGAUGAGAAUAGAUUUAGUUUCCUCAUACAUAUCUGCUGUGCUAUGAUCCUAUUACUCAGGGACCAGUUACUGGCCGGCGACUUUGCUACAAAUGUUAAACUCCUACAGAAUUUUCCCUCGAUGGACAUCCAGAUUGUGCUUUCUAAAGCCGCUGCUCUGGCAGGCAAGACUUUAUAAUUUUCGUAAUUAAUUAAGAACACGGACAAGAUGCAAUAAUUUCUCGGUAUGUCAAAUAUCAUGAUUUUCCUCCUCUCCUUUCCUAAAUUGUUGCAACCAUAUGCGCGUGAUAUAUCGUAAA